GAAUCAACCAGGUACCCCAUUGACUCCUACUGCUAAUCUUAAGAUGUUGGUAGCUGCAGCUAAUUCAGCUCUUGAGAUGGAGAAUGCAAAUUCAGCAGCAACCAGUGGCUCCUGUCUCAUUGAUAAUCAUUCUGAUAGAGAUGAUGAGGCUUCAUCCAGGAAAAUGAAAUCUCUAGCUUUACUAUGUAAAAGGUUUCUUCAGGUAGCCGAGGACGAGAUAGGCCCUGGUAAGGAGUUCAGUCUUGAGAUGAUUGCUAAUUCCCUUGGAAUCAAUCGUCGUCGCAUCUACGAUAUAAUUAAUGUAAUGGAAGCACUGGAAAUGAUUUCAAAACAAUCGAAGAACUGGUACCAGUGGCAUGGGCAGAGCAACCUUGUUGCUACUCUAGCUAAGCUAAAAGUAA